AUGGUGUCGCAGGCUCUUAUUCUUACCUUCUUCAUACAUCUUUCUUUUUGUGUGGAUAUUCAACGUGGCCCAGAAAAUCCUUACGCUGAAACUUCAAAAUGCGAACUUAUUCGAAUUCCUGCUUGUCAAGGUCUACCCUACAAUACUACUAUCCUUCCAAACAUCAUGGGCCACACUUCUCAAGAGGAGGCUGGUCAAGACAUCACUCAGUACAACUCCCUUGUGAAAAUACCGUGUAGUCCUUCUCUUAAGCUAUUCCUUUGUUCUCUGUAUUUCCCUGUUUGCACGCAAUUGCAAAAACCAUUACCACCCUGUCGCUCUUUGUGUGAACAAAAUCGCCAAAGAUGUGAACCUAUUAUGCGUUCGUUCAGUUUUCAGUGGCCUGCCAGCAUGCAGUGUGAGAACUUUCCUGAAAAUGGGCUCUGUGUAUCCGAGGCAAAACCAGAAAACAAAGAAACAGUUGAGGCCACUUUAGAGUGCCCUGAAGAAAUGAGAGUUCCUUCAAGUUUCGAGUUCAGAAUUCGUUUAAACAACAAGCAAGUUAUCCCGAAUUGUGGUAUGCCAUGCAAUCGCCAUUUCUUCAGUCAGUCAAAAAGGAUUAAAUUUUCUCGCUUGUGGAUUGGAUUAUGGAGUGGUUUGUGCGCCGCCUCAACUCUCUUCACGAUUUUAACCUUCUUCAUUGAUAUUAAUCGAUUCCAGUAUCCGGAAAGACCUAUUAUUUUCCUGUCAAUGUGCUAUUUCAUGGUCGCCAUUACUUAUAUAACUGGACUAUUUCUUGGCGACAGGAUUUCCUGUGCAGGUCCAUUUCCACCUUCCAGUAUGGAUGCGACCUCUGGUUUGAGUCCGACUCCGCUAUCAUCUUCGCCUUAUCCUCUACUUAUCACUCAAGGAACCAAAUUUGAGGGUUGUACAAUUCUCUUCAUGAUGCUCUACUUUUUCUCAAUGGCUGGUCACAUUUGGUGGGUCGUUCUAACGAUCACUUGGUAUCUCGCUGCAAAGUGUCACUGGGCUCAUGAAGCCAUCUUCAGAAAUGCUCAGUAUUUGCAUUUCGCCGCUUGGGCCAUCCCCGCAGCUAUGACAAUCUGCCUAUUGGCAAUGGGAAAGGUUGAUGGCGACCCCCUGUCAGGUGUCUGCUUCACCGGUUUGACAGAUCCCACUAUUGUGAGGUACUUCCUCGUUGCUCCGCUUUGCGUAUCUCUACUCCUUGGAGCAUGUUUCCUCAUCGCUGGUUUCGUAUCUCUCUUCAAAAUUCGUACAAUUAUCAAGACUGGAGGAUCAAAAACUAACGAUCUUGAGAAGCUGAUCUUUAGAAUUGGAGUGUUUAGCUUGCUCUAUCUGUUACCUGCUGCUGUUGUUAUAGCGUGUUACAUUUAUGAGUCUCAAAAGAUGGAUAGUUGGAUGCUGACUUGGUACACAAAUAACGUUUGUAGAAACUUCGAUCCACGGAAAAUUGCAGGCUCAUCCAAGUGUAUCCCUCAGUUACACCAAAUUCUUGGCGAUUCUGACCAGCUUUCAAAAGGUGGUUCUCCAGCCGACGUUUUCGACAAAAUGGACACUCCGACAUUCGAGCUUUUCAUGAUAAAGUACCUCAUGACGCUUAUUGUUGGGAUAACCAGUGGAAUUUGGGUCUGGAGUUCGAAAACCCUCCAUUCUUGGCAUGUAUUCUUUGCAAGGAUUUGCCGAUGUACUCCACCUCCUAACCCCCAGGUCAAUCAGAUGGUUGUUGCGCAAGGCAACAGACAACUACAAGGCCGUAGUGGUUACGGACAAGUGAAGGCACAGCAACAGCAAGCGUUGCUUGAAGCUACAGGUCCAGGAAAAAUGCCAAUGACAGAAAUUGGGGGCUCAACAAACUGGGCGACACGAGGUCAACCCUCUGGUGCGCCUACUAACACGGAUAACACAGGGGCGUACAAUUGGCCACCGUCUGCAUCUCAAACGAUGACGUAUUUUGAGCACUCUCAACUCCAGUGA